CCUUUUGGCCUACGGUGAGCUGGGUUGACCAUGGUUCUGUCUGCACCUCCUUCCUUUCCCUUCAGGCAUGGUAUGCUCUUUUCCCUGAUCCCUCCUUUUGCCUCCAGUCCCAAAGCAUAUGAUGGUUUCAGGGUUGGGGCAAGGUUUUGCUCAGGAUGUAGAUUGGUCAACUCUGUGGUUCACCCCUUCUGACUUGAGGGCUGAGGCAGUUUAGCCUGAUGAUCCCACUGAAGCUUCUGGGUCAUCUUUUCAGCCACCCCUAACCUUUGAGGUCUUUCUCUCUGACUCCACUUCCAUCCACUUCUCUAUCUGAAGAAGUGCCAGAGCAACCAGGCUGUAGUGGAUAUGUGGGCCUGUGGGUUGCUCCAAUCAACAACCUGUUGGACCAAGUUAUCGCAAGUCAAGUAUGGCCUCAAGCCAGGCUCGGGGAGUAGAAGAACUCCCAAAAUCUUCUCCAGGUACAAUCCAGGUAUCCUGGAUGUUGGCUCUGCCUCGGAGCCCUCAACUGUGGUUCCCGGGGCUUGGAGGGCAGUCUGACAUGGACCCUUGUGUCCCGUUUGAUUUUCUGUGGACUCAGAGGGUCUUUUGUUGAAAGUUAAGUGGUGUCAUAUCCCCCUUUCCCUGUAUGAGUUUGUUAUGGGUGCAGCUUCCCCACAAGAUUCUUUUCCUGGUGCCUUUGGGUUCCUUGGAUUUGUUCUUCCGGAGGUUUCCAACCUCUCGACUUGCCCCAGUAGAGGUUUAGGAGGCUCCCUCUGCAUCCCUCCUGUAUGACCCUGAUUUUACCUUGUUGUUGCCUCUGGCAUCUUUUGCGUUCAGUUCUUCUCCUUGUUUGAGGCAUUAUGAGGUUCCGGAGUCAUCCUGGCUGGCAGACAAUCCUUUGUUUUCACUUUUUAGCAGUCCUUCAGUGUAAGUAGUGGUGGUGGUAGCGGCACAGAAUGGGUCGUGGUGGUGUUAGAGGCAUCACAGAGUAAGUGGUGGCACACACACGAGUGAGUGAGUGGUGUAGUGUGCAUGUGGAUAAAGAUAAAAAUUGACUUGACUCGACAUAUAGUCAUGCAGUUAUUUGUUUAUAUUUAAUGUGUACAUACUGCAUGUGCUUACAGCUUUGUCAUUAGUUUAUAGUCGAAUUAGAGGAAUUUAAUUGCUACUUUUUUGUUUGAUCAUCUCAAUGUUUUAUGUAAGCAGUAAUGGUAGUAAGAUUUUGGGAUAGUUUUCAAUUAGUGGACAUUAUUUGUAUUGCUAAGGAAAUCUGCUUAAGUAUAUGAUUGUUAAAGUAAGGUUUGUUAUACAACUGUUACAAGGUAUUGUACAACGCCUCAGAACUUGAGCCAUUUACAGCUAUUAUGUAGAAUUUUGCAAUAUCUGAUAGUGUAGCUUCUCCAUUCACUUGAUGGCCAAAAUGUAGUGUGUUUGUAUGCAUAAUGCUUUUGCAGGAUCAUAAUAAUUUGUCACAUUUAUUACACAUUUUUUCAUAUAUGCACACAUGGAAGGCCUCACCUCUUCAGAUUGGAGAGACCAUUCAUUCUGGUCCAACACUUGUGGUCCAGGAAGAACUCAAGGAUGAGGACGUAACAACCAGAAGUAACUGUGUCUUCCCAGGUGGCACUCGGAAGAACGUCCGUAUCCUCCGUAAGAGUCGUCACCUAGCUGAAAUUCCAUCCAGCAGGCACUGCACUCCUCGGUUUUCAGCACCGCUGUGUCCCGCUACACAGCCUCAACCUGAGCACCACAUAUUACAAACUCGAUGUGAUGUGGGUGCUACAGUCCAUCUCAAAGGUUCUCUGCCUGCAGCUCUUGUACCUGAAGCGCUAGUGCCCGAAAUAAUUGCAACCAAGGCUUCAGAUCUUGAAGCUACUGUUCCUCAGGUGACAGUGACAGCUGUUGUUCCUGAGGUGUCUGCUGCUGAAGCUACAGUUCCUGAAGCAUCUAUUGCUGAAGCUACUGCUUCUGAAGCUGUUGUUGAGGCUGCUAUUCCUGAAGUAUUGGUUAAUGAAGCCACUGUUCCAGAGUUACCAUUGAAUGAAGCUACAGUUCCUGAAUUGACAGUGAAUGAAGCUGCAGUUCCUCAGGAUAAAAUAACCGAAGCUGCCAUUUUUCAGAAUAAAUUAACAGUUACUUCUGUUACUGAAAUUUUGCCAAAUGAUGCAAUUGAUCCUUCUAAUAAGCUAACAGACUCCAUUCUUAUUAAAGCCAAAAGGAAUGAAGCUGUUUGUUCUCAAGAUAAGGUAAAUGAAUGUGAUAUUCCUCAUGACAGACUAGUUGAAAGUGCUUUUCUGGAGGUAACAGUAAAUGAAUCUUCCAUUCUUCAGAAUAAAGUAACAGAGGCUACCAGUCCUGAGGCGGAAAUAAGUGAACCUACAGAUCUUGAUGCAACUCUGAAUGAAGGCAUUCUUCCAGAGUUUAUUAAGACUGAAUCUGCUCUUCCAGAAGUUGAAGUCAAACCAGUUGUUGCUGCUGAAGAAACUGCAAGAGAAGCAGUCUUUAUUGAACCAUCAACUCCAACGUCCAAAAUAUCUGAAUCCUUAACAUUAGGAGAUCUCACCUCAGGUCCAACUUCUGCUCAUCCUCAAGCUAGUCUGCCUGUGGCCACUGAAAUAAACAGGGAAAUGGUGAGAUUGAUUCAAGAAGUAGAUGCUAAACUUGACUCCUUUUGCCAUAAGAGGAGCAGUCGUGCAUCAAAAAGGAUAAAUAGUGCAGAUUUUGAAUCUGUUGAAAUUAAAUCAGAGCCACUGUCUAAAGCGAAAAGAUGUACUAGAACUCGUAAAAGCAGCUGUCGCUCCGAAAAGUCAGAGUCUGAAGUAUCAGACUCUCGUAGUGUUGCAGAUGAGUCCAUAUAUUUCGAUAUGGUGGAUAAAACUGCGAAACGAGGAAAGCCAAAGAAUGGUGAGCCUCUGCUCGAUGAGGCUGCCACCCAUGUAAGUGCCAAGUACAAUGGUGAUGUGAGUUCUGAACUGGUUAAUGGAACUCAUAAAGUGAAGGGGCGUAGGAUCAGUCGUGUUAAUAGUGACGAAUCUGAUAAUAGCUCAGCAUCUAGAAGUAAUGGUAAUAUUGAACACAAUGGUGAGAAGGUAGAUUUUAGUCUUUUACUUGAAAUCUCGCCUGCUGAUAGGAAGAAAUUUGAAAGUAAAAAGGCAAAAAUUCGCCGAAAAACUGCUGAUUGGUUACUUAUUUCUGAAACUGAACAGUAUUAUAAUGAAAAAGAGGAAAUAAUGAGAAAUAAAAAUAAACUUGACUCUGAUAGUGAGAGUGAUGAAAGUGAUGAAGGUACUGAAAAUCACGACUCGAGAAGUGAAUGUUCUGAUGAAUCUGAGGGGACAGAAAAUCCACCAAGGGGCCGGGGUAUGGGAAAAGGGAAACAUUCAAGAACUACUGACGAUGAUGAUUGUAAAUCUUGUGCAAAAAGAAUCAAAGAUGAUCCGUGUUUAAGUAAAAGAAGAGGGCGACAAGUGGGAAGUAGAAAUAGAAAAACUCGGUAUGAUCUAACAAUGUUAAAUGAUGAUGAGGAUGAUGAUGAUGAUGAAAAUUUCUUUGGCUUCCCAGUGAGCACUACUAUACCACAGACUAAUUGUAUUGGGAGUAGUUGUAGUUCACAAACUCGGUGCAAGGUCAAAGGAGGAAACAAACAUUUAAUUGAGGCAUCUAGCAGUGGAAAAUCUGGACGAAAAAGAUUGUCAGAUGCCGAGAGAUUUCUAAGAGACAAUAGGGAGUACUACCACUUCCAGGAAACUGCAGAAAGGCUCAGGCGGUCCACCUCAUUAGGAGACAAAGAAAAAUUUAUAAAGGUGGACGAAUGUGAAGGAAAAGAAUUGGACAAAAAAGAAGAAUCAAAACUUAAGGAUAUAUCAAGUACCAAGAAACGUUUCACGUGUGAAAGAAGGAGAAGAGUGACUCGUAGUACAGGUGGUAUACCAGAAGAACCUGAUUUAGAGGAGAAGGAAGAAGAGAAGUGUGUGGAAAAAGCUGAAACAAGGAAUACAGCAAAAUCUGAUACAAGGCAUUCUGAAAAAUUUGAAGUGAAAGAUAAGGAAAGGGAGAGACGAAGAGUUUCUGAGGAUAAAAGAAAGAGCUCAGAAGAGCACAAAAGGAAAAUAUCUGAAGACGAUAAGAGAAAAGUCUCUGAAGAGGAGAAGAAAAAAGUCUCCGAAGAGGAGAAGAAAAAGGUCCCAGAAGAGGAGAGGAGAAAACUCUCUGAAGAGAAGAGAAAAGUCUCCGAAGAGGAAAAGAGAAAAAUCACUGAAGAGGUGAAGAGAAAGGUUUUAGAGGAAGAGAAAAGAAAGUUCUCAGAAGAGGAAAAACGAAAAGUGUCUGAAGAGGACAGAAGAAAAUUUUCUGAAGAGGAGAAGAGAAAAUUGUCUGAAGAGGACAAAAGAAAAGUUUCUGAAGAGAAGAAAAAAAUGUCUGAAAGGGACAAAAGACCGGUUUCUGAAGAUAAAAGAAAAGGCCCAGAAGAAAGCAAAAGAAAAAACUUAGAGGAAGCUAAGAAAAAAGUGUCUGAGGAAGACAAAAGAAAGGCUACUGAUCAAUGUAAGAAGAAGGCCACAGAAGAUGACAGAAGAAAGAACACUGCGGAAGAAAAGAAGGGACCAGAGGUGGAUAAGAGGAAAGUUAAUGAAGAAGAAAUGUUAAAUUUUGUUACAGAAGAGCAAAUUAAAAAUCAAUCGGAGAAUUCUAACCCUCACUCAACUAGUGAUGGGAACUUUACAGGAGGUACAGAAAGAAGUAUGGAAAUGAGAGAUGGAUCUGAAAAUGAAUUACAGGAAUUAUAUUUCUCAUUUGAAGGUAUUCCUGAUCAAGAGUGCUGGUAUCAGACCUACCAGAGAUUAAUAGAUGGCAAUGAUGUAAAUGAAUUUGUUUAUGAAGAAGAGCCUUUGAAGUUUGUAUUACCUUAUGAAAUGCCAAAGGAGUAUAUUCGAGACUUUCUUUGCUACAAAAAAGGACUUUUAUCCAAGAAAAAAAAUGACUUGGCAGAUCUAGUAAGGAAAUCUCCUAGAUGCCAUGCAUCAACCCUUGCUCUCUUCUCAGAUAUCAUUCCAACUAAAAAGGUGAAAGGUUCAAAAGUAACAAAGCCUAUUCCAGUGAAAGUGGAUGAAGUCUCAUCAGAUGGUACGAGUACACCUGGAGCUGAAUUCAUGAGAAUGCAACCUCCUGAAUCUUUUGAAUCGACAGAAGAACUUGCUAUUCUUGCAUUGCACAUUGAGCAUGUUUUGAAAUCAGAGACAAGUUAUGAAGAGAAAUCAGUGUGUAGUCCUAAUAUUGAUAAAUUAAAGGAUAGUGAAGAACCAGAUUUAAAAAAGACGCCCCCUAAAAAGCGGGGCAAAAAGAAGAGAUUAACAACAGGUUCCAAGUUUGAUAAAGGACCAAGUAUUGCUAAAGAGCUGAAGUUAUUUGAGAGUCCACUUGCUCAUGAGGUAGACCCUUUUUUUAUUGCUGGGCUUUGUGAUGAGGUGAAAGAUUAUUUAACGCCAGAAAAUAUACUAGCCCGGGAAGCCUCCGAGGUUAUUGAGGACGCGUGUUUCUGUGUGUGUACCGAUCGAGCUUCGUGUGACGAAUUUUCUAGUGCUGACGAUAAUACCGAAGCGAGUUCAGAGUGUGUGUCCUUAUGUGACUCAGAAACUAUUGAUGGCUCAGUUGUCAGUGAACCCAAACGUUGCCGUAGUGGUAAAAAACGUAGGAAGAACUUGACUGGCUGGCCCAAGACUCAAAAGAAGAAAAAGUCUGUACCUUCUCACACAUCAGAUGAUAAUGAUAGUGCUAUUGGGUGUGAGGAUCUUGAACCAAAGAAGCAAGGGCACUGGAAGAAACAUGAUGACUUCAGUUUUCUUGAACAAACCACAACUCAGAAACUUGCUGCCCUGGCUGCAUGUGAUCGUAGAGCCUCACCUCGUAAGAAGGCUUCCGUCUUGUAUAUGGAUACGUGGCCAGUUAGAUUUCGAACACAAAAAUAGAAUUUAUUAAAGUAUAUUGGUAAAGUGAGUCAAAUAGGUUUUGAGUGUUGUAUGAAAAGUGUUUAUACAUAUUUAUUAUGAAAUUGUAUGGUAUGCUUGAUGAUUUCUUCUUUUUUAAAAGAUGGAACCAAGGAGUCUCAGGAUAGCUCUAUAAGAGAUUGUCAGAAAUCUUUGUACAGUUCUGCAUGAGCAGAUUUUCUUUUGGGUGAAUGUUGUAGAAUGCUUGGUUCAAAUGUCAAUUUUAAGAUGAGCAUUUUCUAUGAUUUAUCAGCUAUAAAAUAAUUUGUCUAGUUACACAAACCUUUUAUUAUUCUAUUUAUUCUCUAGAACAUGAUGCUAUGGGCUGAAUGUUUCUAGUUUUUUCUCUGGCCAUCCCGCUUUCUGACAAUUUUGGGACCGAACACAGUAGAAAAAUCAGACAUAUAUGAAUUUGCGAACGUACCCUUCUGGCCCUACAAAAUAUUAGUUUUAUGUUAGAAAAUAUUUCAUAAUACAGUCACUAAAACCAAAGAAAGCAUCACAAUCCGAGCACCUGUUUAGAUCUUUUAAAGAGUGAAUUAAUUUCUGGGUGGGUGUUAAGGUUACUGGUGAUCUAUAGUUUUUUUUUUUAUGGGGGGGAGGGGGUGGUAUCCAGGUGAGCUAGCUAGUUUGACAAAACAUGGUCUAAUGGAUACUUCUAGCAUCCACUCUCUGGAGUUAGGCAACUUUUACAAGAUUACUCAUUCAAUCACAUCAAAUUAAAUCAAAACUAUUCAGCAAUGAUUGUACAUUUACAAUUUAUUUAGUUUAAACAAAGGUUAAAUGCAUUUUUCAUUUGCACAAGAAAAUCAUAAUAAUAGCAUACAGUACAGUAUGUCUAAUCAUUGCAAUUAAAUUUUUUUUUUUAUUAAUUUUGCCUCGAGGGGUGAGUUUAUUGGGCAGUGCCACUCAUCCUGGGAGUGGACAUACCGCCAUAGCAGCAUGUACAACACUCCCCCAAUAGGAAGAAAACCCGCUGGGUUGUUCAUCCUGUCACUUGUACCCAAACACAGCUGGGACUUGCUUAACUGUCUCAGUGUACAAUACAAACGGGCAAAGCCAUUUAUGACAUGAUGCUCAAUACAUAGACGAUACAGUUUAGUCAACAUUGAUUUUUACAUUUCUAUGGAAUUCAUAAAUACAUUCUUAAAGACAGGAGACAUCAUUGACAAUUUUAAGUACCGUGGAACAUUGAGUGACGAGCGACUCUAGUUACGAGCAUUUCGAGUGACAAGUGAGCCACUCGCAGAAAAUUUGUCUCAAUUGACAAGCUUUCACUCGAUUAACAAGUAAACCACAUGGUGCUUCCUAGCAUUCCCGCUGGUUCUCGGACACCUCCGACAACAGUGUUGUUGUUUCGGAAGAUGAGCGUUUCACAUGACGAGCUUGGUGCCGGAACGGAUUAAAUUCCUUAAUCAAGGCACCACUGUAAUUACUUUUUUGUAGCAAGAUCUAGCUGAUUCUGCACCUUCGUUUUAAGACAUAACUUGUAAAACAUCUCACAGCUUGGCAGGGAAUUUGAUGGCUUUAAGUUGUAAACAUUGAUCUCUGGCUAUCUUACUAUAAUUAAGAGUUGCAAGGGUGGCCUGCGGGCUGCUCCAAGCAACAGCCUGGUGGACCAAACUCUCACAAGUCGGUCAACUUGGGGGAGUAGAAGAACUCUCAGAACCCCAUCAACCAGGUAUCAGGUAGGCUACAGGUCUCACUGAGGAUUUAGGUGUUGGUCUUUUAAGGAGAGAAGUUAGCUGUAGUUUAUCACCAGACUACUACUUCUCUACCUGCUUUUACAGGCUAGAUUUCUUAUCACCUCUUAAAGUGGCUUAGUCAUCCAUCAAAUUGCUUUUUGGUUAGGUUAGCUCCUCAAAAUAUAAAAAAAAGGCACUGUAAUGCAUGCACAUAAUUUAGAAAUGCAUUACCAUUUUCUUAAUUAGCUCAUAAUUUUGCUCAACAUUCAUCACAGAAUGUUUCCUCAUCAUUUGCUGCUAGUAGAAACCUUCAUUGACACAUUUUCUAUAUUUUGAGCUGCCAUGGUAGCAGGAUAUUAAUAAUGAUAAUUUUCAAUGAAAUACAAUAUUAAUGACUAACAAGGAAGGUUUCGAUAGCUGUGUGCCUACUACAAAAAACAAAUGUUCAGUUAGUGGCACCUUCAAUGGUGCAUCUGGGUAAAGCUACCUCUCAUUAUGCAGAGUUAGGGAGAGGGUGUCGGACUGAAAUCAAAUACAGUACUGUGGUCGAACUGUUCGAAGAGGUGAAGGUCGGAAAGCGGGAUGGUAUCUGUAGAAUAAAUGCCACUUAUAUUGUUAAAAUUCUCUUAACCGUGUGAAGGACUAGACGGAUUUCCGCUGUUUGUGUCAUUGCCUUUCUAUAUAUAUUUUGUUUACACAGGUUCAAAAUUGUUAUCAUAACUUUUAGUGGCAUUGUAUCAGUAUAUAUCACAGUGGGAAAAAAAUGAACACAAGUCUAAGUUUACAAUACAAAUUUUAUUUAAUUUUCACAAGUAUGGGCAGCAGCAGAUUAUUUUAUUUUUUUUCUGUUUUAGAGUGAUCCUGUAAUGUAUAAAAAGUAUACAUUUUGUAAAUAAAAUUCUUCUACUCGGAAUACUGGCCAAUGAUUCAUAAAUGUGAAAUAAAGAGAUGUUUGUA